UAGUCCGUGUAUAUAUGCAAACGAUGAAUGCAAAUCGGUGUCCAGAACUGAGACUCAGAUCAGUUGUGUGUUAAUGUUAUUGUCGAUGUGAAUGAGUAAUGAAUCCAUCUUGUGCUGACUGUGUGCAGCUGCAAUUCAAUUUUCAGGGGAAAGAGUUGAUGACGAUUAAACUGCUGCUUUUGUCAUGUCUUCUGUUGACCAGCAUAAGCAGUGGGUGUGCUGGUCUAACCAGUGCCUUUAUCCGUAAUGAGUGGCCAUCUAUUGAUAUUCCUCUCAACAAUGAAGUUUUUGCAGUUCCCAAAGGUUACAAUGCUCCACAUCAAGUGCAUAUUACACAGGGUGACUAUGAUGGCAAAGCUGUGAUAAUCACAUGGGUAACAGCUAGUGAACCUGGGUCCAACAUAGUUCGAUAUGGCUUGUCAGAAGGAAAAUACGAUUUCACUGCCAAGGGAACAGUGCAAAACUACACGUUUUACAACUAUAAAUCUGGAUAUAUUCAUCAAUGUCUAGUUGAUGGUCUUCAGUAUAACACAAAGUACUACUAUGAGAUUGGAAGUGGUGAAACCUCUAGAAAUUUUUGGUUUCAAACACCUCCGGCAAUUGAUCCAGAUUCUUCUCACAAAUUUGCAAUAAUUGGUGAUCUUGGUCAAACAUACAAUUCUCUUUCCACCCUUGAGCAUUGUAUGCAGACUGGUGCUCAGACUAUAUUAUUCGUUGGAGAUCUUUCUUAUGCUGAUAGAUACGACAAUCAUGACAUCGGUGUCCGUUGGGACUCUUGGGGUCAAUUUGUUGAACGAAGUGCAGCAUAUCACCCAUGGCUCUGGUCAACCGGAAAUCAUGAAAUUGAGUACUUCCCACAUCUGGGUGAGGUUACACCCUUCAGAAAUUAUCUUCACAGGUAUCCUACACCUUUUUCUGCCAGCAAAAGCAGUAGUCCUCUGUGGUAUGCCGUGAGACGGGCAUCAGCUCACAUCAUCGUCCUCUCCAGCUACUCUCCAUUUGUGAAAUAUACUCCACAAUGGAAAUGGCUUGAACAAGAGCUGAAAAAAGUUGACCGGGAGAAGACUCCCUGGCUUAUUGUUCUGAUGCAUGCCCCUAUUUACAACAGUAAUCAGGCUCAUUUCUUGGAGGCGGAAAGCAUGAAAGUGGUGUUUGAGAGCUGGUUUUGUCACUAUAAAGUUGAUGUUAUAUUUGCUGGUCAUGUGCAUGCCUACGAGAGAUCGUACCGUAUCUCAAGCAUACAAUCAAAUGUUUCAUCGUCUCCGUCAUCUGAUAAGUCAGCCCCAGUUUACAUAACCGUCGGGGAUGGAGGAAACCAGGAGGGUCUCGCUAAUAGAUUUAGAGAUCCCCAACCAGAUUAUUCUGCUUUUCGAGAAGCAAGUUAUGGGCACUCUACAUUAGAGAUAAAGAACAGAACUCACGCCUUUUACCAUUGGAAUCGGAAUGACGAUGGGAAGAGAGUGCCAACAGACGAAUUCGUGCUACACAACCAGUACUGGGGAGACAGCCGUAGAAGAAGAAAACUGGAGAGAGAUUCUAUGUAAAGGAGUGUUAUUUUUUCUGGUCAGCCAAGAAGAAUUGCUAUACACGUACUUCGCUAAUAAGAUAAUCAUCAUUUGUAAUUUACCUUUCAAUAUAAUGUCACAGUACAGUCUUAUAAUAUAAGCGAAGUUUUCCUGGGCA